AUGUAUGUAACAAGGCCUCUUUCCAUGUAUCGGAAAUCUCCAAGCACCCUUUCCAUAAAGCCACCUGAUGCUCCACAUUCAGGUUAUAUGGUGAUCACAGAUGAAGAGGCAGAGUCAAAAGACACAUCUUGUUGGGGCCUUUGCAAGCGUGGGAAAGUUAAAAAACUACCUUUCCCACAGGACAAGAUUCUGACCAUUGUUUAUGCAUCCGAGUACCAAGAGGCAACCACGACGAAGGUCUGGUUCAUCCCAGUUCUUGAUCAACCUCUGUCUUCUAACUGCUACUAUGUUAUCAGAGCAAAUGGCAGGCACAAAGGGAAAGCAUGCAGAUGUUCUAGAGAGAGGGACAUGACCAACUGCUGCAUUAGAGGUUUCUUGAGAGACAAAAAACCUAAGGUUUUAAAUUUUAGAGACAUAUACCAACAAGUUAAGAUUCAUCGCCAUCAAGGUGGUGGUUUUUUUGCAGAGUCUGUAGCUCCUGACGGUGUUCCUCCAAAAUUCCUAAAGAAAAAAGGAUGGAAAGUGCGUAGCUCAAGUAUGUACCGGAAUCAAUUAACUGAUGCUUUAGGCCUUGAUGCCUCCCUCCGGUCUCGUCUUCCAGACUUCAAUUUUCCCAUCUUUAAAAAGCGUUCGGCUUCUAGUGUUGUGGGGAGAUGGUACUGUCCAUUUGCAUUUGUGAGAGAGAAAGCAACCAUAAGACAACAGAUGAAGAAGUCCAAGUUUUACAGAAUAACUCUUGAGCAAUGGUGGGAAGAGAUUUACUCUCGUGGGAAUGUUGACAAUGAAGGAAAUGUUGUGAAUGUGAGUGUAGAUGUGCAAAGGGAAGUGGCUUUGGUAUCUGCCACAGAAGCCGUGAAGGACGAUAGGAAUGGCCGUACUGGGUUCACCUGGUUCAAAGCUUAUAACCCACGUAGCAAGAAAGUAGUUAGUGUAGGUUUGAGUUCAGCAAUUGUUCAGAAUAUGAGAUGGGUUUUAGAGGCAGGAGGAUGGGUUAAUGGGGAUGAAAUGGAUGUGAGAGUGGAGAGGGUAGAAGAGAUUACAGGUGAGAACAGGUGGAGGAAGUUUGGCUGUUAUGUUAUGGUGGAGAGUUUCUCCUUGAGAAGAAUGGAUGGAAGUUUGGCUUGGAGAUCUGAUUUUAGGCACACUGAUAAGAUUCGAUGUAAAUGGGAAUAA